CGCACCUAAGCUUGAUUUUUCACCCAUCGGAGCAGAAAGACUUAGCGGGUGCAAAACAAGACAUCUGUCUACUACUAAAAAGAUGUUUCUAGAUCUUGAUACUCAAGAAUAAAAUACGAUUUUCAUAAGAAUAAGUUGGCCUUGAUUCUAACCUCCAUUAUAAUAUCAUAGCACGGAGUUUUUACAUUCCGUGAUAUAUAGCUUUGACUGAAAAUAUACCUACAGCGCAUGCGUCACAUAUAAGCUGGCCCUAGCAUUGCUUAUACUACUCUUCUUUAUGUACUCGUUUUCCAAAAAAUUCACGUAAUGUGAAUUUCGAACGUAUCUUUACGUGAACAAAGCGAAAAAGGAAUUUUUUUUUUUUGUAUCUGUCUGUCUGACGUAUGAAGUAAUAAAUGAGUUGUAUGUGUUGCAAAUUAAAAUGAACUUUGGUUUCCUUGUAGUCAUACGCUUAGCAAUGUGGACUUCUUAAUGCCGCGAAAUGUGCAAAAUAUGUAGCAUUUAUAAGCAACUGUAAAGCACUAACUAAGAAAUCUAGAAGAAUCAAAACUUAAUGUAGUAAUAAUAAUGAAGCACGUAUGAUUAAAAGCGUAAAUUAACACGUAAUUACAUGAAUAUUUUUGAACUAGAAAUCUUAUUUCUGUCUAAUGUAACAAAUUGACUUUUUACUGAAGUAUUAAUGGAAAUCAAGCGAAGCUUCUGCAACACAUUAGAUAAGUCUCAUGAACAAUAUAUAUUAAUAUUUUGUUCAAGAUAAUUAAAUGUGCAUUUACACAAGCAACGAACAAUAAUUGUGCAAUGUCCAGAAGUAGUUCGGGGUGAAAUUCGCUUAACCGCCCUAUAUUGAAUCCAUUCAGAGCAUAAACAUCAUCCUGAUUUAUUUAACAAGCUUAUCAAGAUGGAGAUUCGUGUUUAGUUGUACACAGCCCAUCUUUUGGAAGAAGAAAUGUAUAAUAAUAGCUUAUGGAUACCCAUACAAAGGAGAAAUAUGUGUAUCGGGAAUUUAAUCAGUCAUUCAGAUAAAAGUUGAGUUUAAACAAGCCUAUGCUUAUUCACACAGGAGAGAAGCAUCAUCGUAUAAAGGAUCUUUUUAUUGAAAUCAAUCAAAAAUCAUUUAAGUGAAAAGCUCAUCUAAAUGUGCAUAACCUUAUUCACGUAGGAAAGAAACCUUUAGUUGUAUAAAGUAUGUCAGAUAUCAUUUAAUCAAAAAAACUCAUUUAAACAUGCAUAUGAUUAUUCACACAGGAGAGAAACUUUAUAUGUGUGAAAUAUCUAAGACAAUUAGUGUAAAGCAUAAUUUAAACAAGCAUAUACAACACAUGUGUGAAGUAUGCAAUAGGACAUUUAAACAUUAUUGAAAGAAUGUAAAGAAUAAUUUAAACAUGUUUAAUCACACAGGAGAGAAAUCUUAUAUGUGUGAAGUAUGUAAGAAGACAUUUAAUUUAAAGUGUUAUUUAAACAGGCAUAUGCUUAUUCACACAGGAGAGAAACUGCACAUGUGUGAAGUAUGUAAGAAAUCAUUUAAUCGAAAAGAUAAUUUAAACAACCAUUUGCGCUCUCACACAGGAGAUAAACCUUUUAUAUGUGAAGUAUGCAAGAAGACGUUUAGUGGAAAGUCUAAUUUAAACAAGCAUAUGCUUAUUCACACAGGAGAGAAACCUCACAUGUGCGAAGUAUGUAAGAAAUCAUAUAAACUAAAAGCUCUUUUGAACAUGCAUAUGCGUAUUCACACAAGACAGAAACCUUAUAUGUGUGAAGUAUGUAAGAAAUCAUUUAAUCGAAAAGAUACUUUAAGCAGCCAUAUACUUAUUCACUCGGGAGAGAAACCUUUUAUAUGUGAAAUAUGUAAGAGAACGUUUAAUCAGAAGAGUAGUUUAACCAAACAUAUGGUUAUUCAUACAGGAGAGAAACCUUAUGUUUGUGAAGUAUGUAAGAAAUCAUUUAGUGUUAAACCACAUUUAAAGAGGCAUAUGCGUAUUCACACAAGACAGAAACCUUAUAUGUGUGAAGUAUGUAAGAAAUCAUUUAAUCGAAAAGAUAUUUUAAACAGCCAUAUGCUUAUUCACUCAGGAGAGAAACCUUUUAUGUGUGAAGAAUGUAAAAAGACAUAUCAUAGAAAGGACAGUUUAAACAAGCAUAUGAUUAUUCACACAGGAGAGAAACCUCAUAAGUGUGAAGUAUGUAUGAAAUCAUUUAAUCAAAAAACUGAUUUAAAAAUGCAUAUGCUUAUUCACUCAGGAGAGAAACCUUUUAUCUGUGGAGUAUGUAAGAAAACGUUUAAUCAAAAGGGUAGUUUAAACAAACAUAUGCGUAUUCACACAGGAGAGAAAUCUUAUAUGUGUGAAGUAUGUAAGAAGACAUUUAGUAGAAAGGGUAGUUUAAACAAGCAUAUGCUCAUUCACACAGAAGAGAAACCUCAUAUGUGUCAACUAUGUAAGAAAUCAUUUAAUCAAAAAACUAAUUUGAACAUGCAUAUGCGUAUUCACACAGGAGAGAAACCUUACAUGUGUGAAGUAUGCAAGAAAACAUUUAGUUAUAAGAGUACUUUAAAUCAGCAUAUGCUUAUUCACACAGAAGAGAAACCUCAUAUGUGUGAAGUAUGUAAAAAAUUAUUUAAUCAAAAAGCUAAUUUAAACAGGCAUAUGCUUAUUCACACAGGAGAGAGUAAUCAUGUGUAAAGCAUGUAAAAAUCAGUUAUUCGAAGAUCUCAUUUAAACAUGCAUAAUGUGCAUUCAUACAGGAGAGAAAACUUGUAGAGUGAAAUCCAUUGAAUCACAAAAGUCGGUUGAUCUUUACAAUAUGGUAACUGGUAGUUUGGCGACCUUUUGGAGGCGAUAAAGGUUACUACCUGGCACUUUGGUAAUAAUGUGAGCAGUACUCAGUUCCGAUUACGCAUUAUUUUGUGUG